CAGUCGUAUUGUCAUCGGCUGCAACACGACAUGUAUUUUCUUACAAGCAAUAGCCGACUGAACGAGCAAGUGGUUGAUAAAAUUAUUCUUCAGCUUAACAGAGUCUACCCCCAAAUUCUUACCAAUGCAGAAGCAGAAAAGUUCAGGAAUCCAAAAGCAUCACUCCAUACCAGACUUUCAGAUCUGAUAAAGCACCUUCAAAAGAAAGGAGACAGGCACUGUCAAGAGUUCUAUAGGGCUCUACAGAUCAACGCUGAACAGCUGUAUAAUGACCUGCCAAGCAGGAAAAUCUUGAAAACCACAGAUUCCACAGAGAUAGACACUGACAAGGAGAAAUGUAUGCUAAAUGACAGGG